CGGUGUUGUGACAAACAGGCAAAGCAAAACAAUUUUCCCUCUCGAUAUUAAAUGGUGAAAUUGAUCAAUUUCCUAAGGAAAUCCUGUAAAGUAUUGGCAGACAAUGCACCAAAAAUGAAAUACCUCAACGUGGCGGAAAAAAAUGAUGCUGCGAAGACGAUUGCGAGUCAUCUUUCGCGGGGCUCAUCAAGCAGACGUGAUGGGCUGUCCGUGUACAACAAAAUUUAUGAAUUCGACACCAUGGUGAAUGGGACGAAUGUCCGGAUGGUGAUGACUUCAGUGUCUGGUCAUCUCAUGACGCAUGAAUUCUCUGCGGCUUAUCGGAACUGGCGAAAUUGCAAUCCUUCUCAGCUGUUCGAUGCUCCAGUGUCGAAGAUCUGCCCUGAGGACAGCAUGAAGAUCAGGCAGACCCUGGAGCGGGAAGUGAGAGGCGCCGCUGCACUGAUAAUCUGGACGGAUUGUGAUAGAGAAGGGGAGAACAUUGGAUUUGAGAUUAUAGAAGUGUGCCGGAACGUGAAGAGCAACAUCACAGUGUAUCGAGCGAAAUUCUCCGAAAUCACAGCUGCCUCCGUGAGGCGCGCUCUGAACAACCUAGUGCAGCCGGACGAGCUCCAGAGUCAGGCUGUGGAUGUGCGGAGUGAGUUGGAUUUGAGGAUAGGAGCGGCUUUCACGCGCUUCCAGACAAUGAGACUACAGCGAGUCUUCGAUGGCAUCAUAGACGGCCUGGUGUCCUACGGAAGCUGUCAGAUCCCCACUCUGGGCUUCGUGGUGCAGCGCUACAAGGAGGCGGAGAACUUUAUAGCCGAACCUUUCUGGAAAUUGAAGUUGACACACACUGUCGAGGAUCUGACGGUGCAUUUCAACUGGGCGCGAAAUCGGCUCUUCGACAAGAAGUGCUGCGAAGCCCUCUUUAAUCUGGUAAAGCGCGAACCGCCGCUCUUGGCCACGGUGCUGUCUGUGACACAGAAGCCGAAGACCAAACUGAGGCCACAGCCCAUGGACACAAUUGAACUGGAGAAGCUGGGUUCCAGGAAGCUGAAGAUUUCUGCGAAGCAAACAAUGCAGAUCGCCGAGAAGCUGUACCAGCAGGGUUACAUCAGCUAUCCGCGCACAGAGACCAACAUAUUCUCCAAGGACAUCAAUCUGAGGCCUCUGGUGGAGUGUCAGACCGCUCAUCCGGCGUGGGGAGAGUUUGCCAGGCGUGUGAUGGAUUGGGGACCAAAUCCACGGAAUGGGAAGAAGUCCGAUCAGGCGCAUCCUCCCAUUCAUCCCACAAAGUUCACAGCCGGACUGUCUGGGAAUGAGCAGCGCGUGUAUGAACUGAUUGUCCGGCACUUCUUGGCGUGUGUGAGUCGCAAUGCGACGGGAUCGGAGACACUGGUGAAUGUGGAGAUUGGCGGGGAGGAGUUCAACGCUAAUGGACUGAUCAUCUUUGAGAGAAACUACUUGGAUGUGUACAUCUACGAGAACUGGAGUGAUCGUGAGAUUCAUCGCUACGAGACUGGCACGAGUUUCGAGCCCAGCAGCAUUGAGAUGUCUGAGGGGAAAACCACAGCGCCGCAGAUGCUGACGGAGGCGGAUCUGAUUGCCCUGAUGGAGAAGCACUGCAUUGGCACCGAUGCUACUCACGCUGAGCACAUCAACACCAUCAAGGAGCGCGGAUACAUUGGAGAAGUGGAGAAUGGGUUUCUGGUGCCAGGAACCUUGGGCAUGGGCCUCGUGGAGGGCUAUGACGCCAUGAGCCUCAGUCUGGCUCAACCGCAGCUUCGGGCGGGUCUCGAGGCGGACCUGAAGGCGAUUUGCGAUGGAGCACGACAGCCUAAUGUGGUGCUCAAGGAGCAGAUUGACAAGUACCGCGAGGCCUUCCGGAUAAUCACGGAGAGGGCACAGAUGCUGGACGAAAAGGUGGGCUUCCGCUUCAACUCGACACCACAGCAGAGCGCGGAAAUGCCUGAUCCUUUGGUGAUUGAGGAAGUCUUUCGCUGUCCUCGCUGUCGAUCAAAUAAGAUGGUGCUGAAGAAAAAGACCAAUAACACUCCCUUCAUUGCCUGCACGGACAAUCCGCGGUGCAGGACUAACAUUUGGCUGGAGGACUUCGUGAAGGAGGCCAAAGUGUCGCCAGAGAGCUGCCGACAUUGUGGUCCGGACGUGAAAAAGCUCACUUUGAAGUUCAAGCAGCACACCAAUGCCAUGAUAUUUCUCGAUAUCGAUUCGCCAGAGUACACGAGUUGUCUCCUCUGUGAUACCAAUCUGAAGAACUUCUUGAACAUUGACAUAGAAGCUCUGAGCAGAGGAGACGGCGCUGGGAGUAGCUCUCAAGGAAGAAGCUUUGGGAGCUCUCAAGGAAGAAGCUUUGGAAGCACUGCCGGCAGUGUUGCGCCUAGAAAUAUUCCUGCACCGUCUAGGAGUCGUGGCAGUCAGGGAACGACGAGAUCCACAACUUGUCCAAAAUGUUCCCAGCAACUGAAAAAGCUCACUGUGCGAAAGGACGGUCCAAAUCAGGGGAGGGAGUUUUACGUCUGUCCAACGCCAAAUAAUCCAUGCAAGACGUUCAUCUGGGCUGAUGAAAUGCCAGAAGCGGACUUUGUGAGGGAUUCACCUCCGCGCCAGAGAGCCACGAACGGUCGAACUGGAGGAAGCAAUGCACCCGGACGUCCCAGAGCCAAGAGAAAAUGUGCUCUUUGUCGUCAAGAAGGACACACGAGAAACAACUGCCCGGAUCAUCAGCCAAACUAGAGAGAAGUUUACGGGUAUGUUGAGUAAUUGCUAUGAAUUAAACUCGUUAAACGAUUUCCGGGGAGAAACUCACUGAAUAAUCAUUCACCCUUCGAGGGGUCUUUCGCAAUUUCACCACUUUUUCCCAUUGGCCGGUGCGAAGAAGGGUGAGAAUGGGCGGGUCCGUUCCACAGACACGAGUAACUUCCCCUCUAUUGAGUGUCUGAUUGUGAAUUGGGAAUAAUUUUUUACCAGUAUC